UUGUCUUGAUGCACGAUUCUAGGGAGAAAAGAGUCUCAAACAGUCAACGUCUCUUUCAUGCAUCUCCAUGAAUAUCUCUUUGUCUUCAUCUUCAUCUUGUUCUUCGACAAUUAUUCAUUGCUGUGCUGUGGUGACAAAGAAACCCUAGAACAUAGCCUCGAGAGCCUUCUAAACACACACACACACACACACAUAUAUAUAUAGAGAGAGAGAGAGAGAGAGAGAGAGAGAUACUCUGCAUACAUAUUCACACCCAACAGUAUGAUCCUGAUAUCCACAGACCCAGACACAACCGCACCCCCCCACCCCUCUAUCUGGUCCAAGCAGAUACACGGCUAUUUCCAUCUCAUCGAAUCAUGGGCCUACGACUACGCCCUCCCAGACACGGGGUCCCUGCGGGCCCUGACGCCCGAAAACAAGCGACACCUCCUCGCCAGCGUAAAGGGGUACGUGGCGCAAGAGCAGCAGCACGACUUCGAUGCCCUGGUGGCACGGCUCCCGUAUCCAUUCCGCCAUACGGUCCCGGAGACGUUCCUGGCGAUCUACGUGAUCAAGGACGUCCUGCACCGGUUCUGGACGGGUCCUUUCUGGUGCUAUCUCGGCGCGAGGAAUCCGGCGUUGCUGCCUGUGCGGGGGGGCGGCGGCGGGGGGAGUCAUAAGCUGCAGAUAUCGUUUAUUACUUCUUCUCCUUCUCCUUCUCUGGGUCAUGGUGAUGGUGAUGUUGAUAUGCAGAGGAGUAGUUUCCAAGGCGAUGGUGAUGAUGAUGGGAACGCCCCCAAACUCGAACCCCCCAAAAUCAACCGCCUCGCCCGCUCCCUAGUCACCAACCUCCUAUCCAGCCGGACCGCCCACCUCCUGCUCAAGAACCAGAACACCGCCGCAGACAAAACCGAACGAUACGUCUCUCUCGUGCAGAUCUACGGCCUGCGCGCGCGCCACGCCAUGGGCAUGGCCUACUGGCGACGGAAAAUGGAAGCCAGGGCGCUGGACGGGUUGGCGUGCAUGCUGUUUGAUUGUUCUUCUGCUGCGGCGGAGAUGAGGGUGGUUGAUCUGCAGGGCGAAGAAAGAGAGAGUAAAGGCACAGAGGGGGGUUGGAAACAGGUCCUGCUUGUUACGCGGCCAGCGCUUUAUUCGUAUUCGAGGUAUCCUGUGCCCGGGGAGAAAAUCCUCGAAGGGAAAGCGUGGGUUGUUGUUGAGGAGGAGGAUGUGUCUGGGACUGGAUCUGGGUCUGGAAUUGUGAAGGAGAUGAAGGAGAUAAAGCAGGUGAAGAAGCAGGGGAAGAAGCAGGUGAAGAAGCAGGGGAAGAAGAAAGCCCUACAGCAAGGAGUGCGUCCGGUCUUGAAGAAAAAGAAAGCUCCACUGCGUUCUUGACUUCAUUUGCACAUUACAUUGUAUAUAUAUAUAUUUAGCUUCUAUUUCUCUUUGUUUGUUACUAUCUUUAUAACUCUGCAUAAACAAAAUAGAUGACAGAAAGAAAAAAAAAAGAAAAUAGAUAGGUAUGAAGGAUUUAUGGA